GAAGAGUACGAGGAGAUUGAGAUUGAGGAACCUCCUUUGAGUUGGGCGGACCCCGAGGGGCCCGUCGUCCCGCAACAGGGGGCCGCACCGGCCGGGCCAGAGCCAGCAGGCAAUGCCCCUAAGGCCACAGGCGGGGCCGUUCCGGCCAGCGGUUCAGGACCCAUUUCGUCAAGUUCAGUGGGAGAAGAGAGAGACGCCGACGGCAAUUAUAUCUAUACUCCCUCCUUCCACGACCCUCCCGUCAAUGAGGCAGACCUUGACGAAAAUGGGCUGACGGCCCAGGACCGGGAGGACCUGCAGGUCCUACAGAGCACGUACGAUAGGAUCGCGGAACGUUGGCAGGCCUUAUCGCCAAGAAGCCGCAACCGGCGGCUCUUGAGCCUUGCUGCCCACGGAUCCUCCUUUGCCGCAGAGGCAAGGGAGGCAGGGACCUCAAGCUCCACGCCAGGGGGUGUUCCGCCCAACACCAACUACCUCGAGGAGAACUAUCCCCCGGGCGUCCACCGGCCAGGGACGUUCCGUCCGGCCGAUACAGAGGCGGACCUGGAAUCGAUUCCAGAGGGAGGGCGGCCAACCUCAAAGGCAAGAUCGUCAGCCGCUCCUUCAACAGCUGGCGAUGCAGACUCGGAAGGGCCACAGCCCUCAGCCGACUCAGCGGCUGCACCAGCCCCAUCGGUGGAGGUCCCGAUGGAAGUUGACGCACCCCCUGAGCCGACAGCUGAGGAGAGCCCCGACGAGGAGGUCCUCCUAGAGUCCGGCAUGGUCCCCGACUACGAUCUCCCGGACUAUGACGAGUAG